UUUUUUUAAAAAAAAGAGUAAAAAGAACAAUGGAACUUUCAAGGAAACUGCCACAGACGGCCAGGGGAGACGGGCAGACGGCUACGGCACAACUCAAAAAAUAAGAAUUGUCGUCCUGGUUGUCUUCGUGCGCAGAAGUCCUUGAAAAAACACACAUACAGGGAAAAAGGUGUUGGACGAGAAAAUCUGGAUCUGGGGGCUAUAGCUAUUAGCCGUUGUACUUGUCCACGUUGCUUGAGAAACUCUUGUUUUCUUGGCUAUCAAUAGUCAAUACUGCUUUGUUCUCUCUGCGCUUUAAACUAUUGAGGCGGAGAAUCGACUAGCGUGAAUCCCUCCAUCUGAGCCGACAUCCCAGAUCAGAUGACCAAAGCUAGCAAGUAUCAACUGCGCUAGACGUUCCUUGCCUUGGUUUCGAGGAAACUACAUCGAGCAGGCGACGCCUUCUAUGAGAAUGGAACAAUUGUAGUAGUAGAAAAUGGACUAUAAGUUACAAAUUGUCGGCACAAAACCUCAACUUGAAAUGGGAUCACUAGACGGUAAAUCAACCCAUGAGUUUGAGGAGGAGAGUCUUUUUAGAGCGGAAAUAGAUUCUCAGAAGUUGCAACCUAUGCAUACAGCUGAGAGUGGAUCGUGUUCUGGAGGUUUGCCAGCUGGUAUGAGUAUGAUAUCAAGGAAUCUUAUGUAUAGGAGCAUAAGGACUGUUGUUUUCUCCAGUAAACUCAACUUGCUGAUUCCUUUUGGGCCACUAGCAAUUCUUGCUGAGAAACUGACCGGCCAUCGAGGUUGGGUCUUCUUUCUGAGCUUAUUGGGUAUAAUACCUUUGGCUGAGCGUUUAGGCUAUGCUACAGAGCAGCUGGCUUUUUACACUGGACCUACAGUUGGUGGCCUUUUAAAUGCUACAUUUGGAAAUGCAACAGAACUUAUUAUAUCAAUCUAUGCACUUAGAAGUGGACUGAUACGUGUUGUUCAGCUGUCAUUAUUGGGCUCAAUUCUAUCAAACAUGUUGCUGGUGCUUGGAUGUGCAUUCUUUUGUGGUGGGCUUGUUUUUUAUAAGAAGGAACAGCAGUUUAAUAAGGCAACUGCUGUUGUAAGCUCCGGAUUGCUGUUGAUGGCAGUCAUGGGCCUGCUUUUUCCAGCUGUUCUUCAUUAUACACACACUGAGGUUCAUUUUGGAAAGUCAGAGUUGGCUCUUUCAAGAUUUAGCAGUUGCAUCAUGCUUGUGGCAUAUGCUGCGUACCUUUUUUUCCAGCUAAAGAGUCAAAAUAAUCUAUAUUCCCCAAUCAAUGAGGAAGGGAGUCAAAAUGAAGAGGGACCAGAUGAAGAUGAAGCUCCAGAGAUCUCUAAAUGGGAAUCAGUAAUUUGGCUUUUUAUUAUGACUGCUUCUAUCUCAGUCAUAUCUGAGUAUUUAGUUCGUGCAAUAGAGGGAGCAUCCGUUGCAUGGAAUAUUUCAGUUGUUUUUAUUAGUGUUAUUUUGCUCCCGAUUGUGGGGAAUGCUGCAGAGCAUGCAAGUGCUAUUAUGUUUGCCACGAAAAACAAACUUGAUAUUUCUUUAGGAGUGGCAAUAGGAUCUUCAACACAGAUAUCCAUGUUUGGGGUUAGUACUUCACUGAGUAAGGAAACCAUAUAUGCAAUCUUUAUGACAAGAUUCUGUUGUGAGAGAAGAAACUGUCUGUAUGAUAGGGACCAACAAGUCCCUGCUAUAUUUUAUAAUAUGGACCAAUAGUUACAAGAUAAAUAGUUCUUGAGUGGACUAGAUAUGAGGAUGCUGGAAGUGAUCUUGAUACGAAGUGCAGGACCCACCAGAAGUGAUUCUGAAGCUGCAAUUUGAGACAUCGACGUGUUUUUACCAUUGGUUGUUGCCAGAGGUCAUUAAAAACGAAGGAUAAAACUGGAUCUGGGAACCAUUUAUGUUGGAGCAGCACAUGGCGGUGCGUGGGCUCAUGUGCAGAGCAAAAUGGUUGUGGCAGAGGCUGGGGUGAGAGAUUGGCUUGUGGGGAGUUACAUGAAGCAGCACACGGUCAUCAGUAAUGGUCAGAGGUGGGCAGAACUAGAAAAUGAUGAGGGAAAAAAAUGGAAAGAAACAAUAAAAAGGGAAAAAGGGCUGGGGAUGUGAUGGUGGGGGAAUGGAGGAGACCUGGAGGAUGACUUCCCCGCCCACUGGAGGGGAGGGCUGAUGGAGAGCUGGGGGAAAAUGAGUUUGAUUGGAGUUGAAGAUUUGUAAAAUAAUAUAAAGCAUAUUUGAAAGUCAAUAGCUAACUCUAGUCCAACUCUUUAUGAGUCAAUUGUGUUUUGAACAAGUUUGUGCUACCAAUUUUUUCUUAAUUUUGUGGAUUGCAUUGUCGUAAUGGUUAUUAAUUUUUGGUAAUUUUAGAUACAUAUUCAUAGA